UCUCAUUCUCUAAUUCCGAAAUCCGAUACUGGCAUCAUCGUCAUCUCCUUCUGUCGCACUCACACUCAUCACUGACGUAUAUAUUUAAGACCAAAUGAAGAUGCCGUGAAGUUUUUGUUCACUUCUGAGCUUACUGCAUGCAGUAAAACAGCCAUUUUCUGGAGAUAAACCACUUGAAUUGUCGGUGUUGAAGCUAGGUUUCAUGGAGGGGAGUGAGAAUUUAUUAAAGGCUAUCUAUGAAGAUGAAAGUCUAGAAGAUUAUCAAGACUCCGACAUGCUUGAUUCAGAGACUUUAGAAGAAGGGGAGUGUAGAAUACAAAUUGGAAGUUUGCAAUUGACUGAAACUAGUAAGUCUGAGGAAGGAGAGUGCAGGGGAAAGAUUGGAGACUUAGGAUUGACAGAAAUGGGAACCAGGGGUGACGUUUCAGUAAACCAACCAUCUAAUAGCAAAAUUCGCAAGCGCCGGGCGAAGAAAAAGAAGAAUAAAAACAAGAAGACUGGUCCUGCCCCAGCUAUCGACAACAUGAAUAAGUUCGUUAUUGAUACUUGUAAACGCUUGAAGGAGAGAAAACAUUAUCUGGUUCGGAAUGCUGUGGGUAUUCUUGGUUUCUCUGCUCUGAGCGAUCUUGUAAACGAGGUGGAUGCAAUUCAGGCAUGUGGAGGACAAAUGACUGCUGAUGGAAAGCGUCAUCGCUAUGGUGGUGGCAUAUUAUGGGGGAUUCUGAAGAAACGUGACCCUAAUGCUUACAAAGAGAUAAUGGCCAAGGGCAGGGAAAUUGAGAGGCAAUUCAAACAACAAGCGCCUAAGGAGUUAAACCCGUCUUUGCAAAAGACUGCACAAACCUCAAUUGCUGGUCCUAUGAUUAACCACACAUCAGAUGGUGCUGCCCUUGCACCUCCUCUAAACUGUAGAACCGAACCUUCCAACAUAGAAAAAGAACGGAUAUCUGUUAUGAAUAGGAUUCGGGUACCUGUAACUUAUGAUGACUUGCUUGUAGAUGAAGUGGAGAGCCAUGAAUGAACUUGAUGAUAUAUUUUUUCUGAAACUUGUGUAAAGAAUACAAUUUUAAUUUUCUACCUUGGGAAUUUUUUGUAUUUUCCUCUGGAAAAAAUUAUUCUUCUCUAAUAGAAGUGAAAAAAUUGAGAGUCUC